GCAGUUUGGCCCGGAAGCAGCCGGCGGCCCGGCCGGUCGGAGCCGCGCGCUGGUGUUGCUGUAGCGGCGGGGAGGAUGCGGCGCGCUGAGAUGGCUCGUACGGAGUGAGGAAGAGCCCGAACUGCCCCCCCCCCCCCCCCCGGCUCCGCUCUGGCUUCAGGCCCCUUCUCUCUGCGCUGCGGCGGGCGGAGGCGGCGUAAGGAGAAGCCCAUGGAGGGGAACCGGGACGAGGCGGAGAAAUGCAUCGAGAUCGCCCGGGAGGCGCUGGAGGCCGCCAACCGCGACCGGGCGCAGCGCUUCCUCCACAAGGCCCAGAAGCUUUACCCGACCGAGACCGCCCGAGUUUUGUUGGAAGCAAUUAUGAAGAAUGGAAGUGCUGCUGGGAGUGCUCCAUACUGCCAAAAGCCAGCAAAUGGCAAUGAUCAAAGUAAGCCCAGUAGUACAAAGGACAGCAAUGCAUCUGCUGCAGGUGAAAGUGGAAAAGGCUACACCAAAGAUCAAGUGGAAGGAGUACUCAGCAUAAAGACAAGUAAAAAUUAUUAUGAAGUACUUGGAGUGUCAAAAGAUGCUGGUGAAGAAGACUUGAAGAAGGCUUACCGAAAGCUUGCUUUGAAAUUUCAUCCAGACAAAAACCAUGCACCUGGAGCAACAGAUGCUUUUAAAAAGAUUGGAAACGCAUAUGCUGUGCUGAGCAAUCCAGAAAAACGAAAGCAAUAUGACCUUACAGGCAGCGAAGAGCAAGCAUGCAAUCACCCUGGCAAUGGUAGAUUUAAUUUCCACAGAGGUUGUGAGGCUGAUAUUACUCCAGAGGAUUUAUUCAAUAUGUUCUUCGGAGGAGCGUUUCCAUCAGGUAGUGUACAUUCAUUUUCUAAUGGUCGAGCUGGCUACAGUCAUCCUAAUCAACACCGUCAUAGUGGACAUGAGAGAGAAGAGGAAAGGGGUGAUGGAGGCUUCUCAAUGUUCAUCCAGCUGAUGCCUAUUAUUGUAUUGAUCCUUGUCUCUUUGUUGAGCCAGUUGAUGGUUUCUAAUCCUCCUUAUGCCUUAUACCCAAGAUCUGGUACAGGGCAGACCAUCAAAAUGAAAACAGAAAACCUGGGUGUCAUUUAUUAUGUCAACAAGGAUUUCAGAAAUGAAUACAAAGGAGUGUCAUUACAGAAGGUGGAAAAGAGUGUGGAAGAGGACUAUGUGUCUAACAUUCGAAAUAACUGUUGGAAGGAGAGGCAGCAAAAAACUGAUUUGCUGUAUGCAGCAAAAGUGUACCGAGAUGAUCGCCUCCGAAUGAAAGCAGACUCCUUGCCAAUGGACAACUGCAAAGAACUAGAAAGGCUGACCAGUAUCUACCGAGGAGGAUGAACUAGAAUUUUAGCUGUGCAUCCUUAAGUACACUAUUAUAUCUCUCCUGUCAAGUGAGAAGAGAUUUAGUUUCAUCCUGAAAGUUGAAAGGAGGGUGGAUUUAAAACUCUACUGUGUAGCUGUUUUCAGAAUCCUUAUAAUGAAAUAUCAUUUAAUGGCUUCUUUACCUACUAUGAAAUAUAGAACAAAGUCAGUUUACAUAUUUUAAUUGUUUAGAUUUUACUUCAAAGGCUUCCGUGAAUUCUUUCAGCAGAGAGUAGCUCAGAAAGGAUGCCACACUUGUAGAGGCUUGGUCAUAGUGGUUCUCCUCUAACAUAUUUGUCAUGUAAAUAUCUAUGGAAAGAACACUUUGUGUAUAUACAAGUUAAAUGACUUUCUAUUUAAAAUCUCAGAAAUUUAGCUCCAUAAAAUAUUUUGUUUCACUGAUGAAAUAAAUAGUAUGACUACAUCACUCCUUAUUCAGAUGUCAAGUGUGUGUAGUUUAAACAAAAAAAUUUAAACACUUUAUCUCUAACCUUAUGUACAAUCUUCAGGCUUUACCAGCUUAGAGGAACUUGAUAUUUUAAAAAUAUAGCAGUGUAUAUUCUUAAAUAUAUGUUGGGAUAAAUUGAUUUAGCAUAGAGUAGCAGUUAGCUGUUGUUUUUAAGAAUUUCUGACCAAUACUAAGAAAACCAAGAGCUUCACUAAUCUCUUUUAAAAGUAAAUAUUUGUAAAGUGCUGUACAGAAGUUAUGAACAUUGCUUUUAGUACUUGUAGUAAUUUACAGCAACUCUGUCCUUUGGCAUUUCAGUAGUAUAAGUCCAUAAGCAUGUUGAACAUGCAUUCCCAGGUUCCUUAUAUUUCACUGAAAAGGUAGAGGGAAAACCUGCAAUAGUAAUUUAGAGUAAAAAAAAAAAAAAACACAAUCUUUCCUCUCGGGUGAUUUUGCAGUUUCUCAUUUCAAGCUAGUAUCCUAAAACUAAUUCCUUUUCACUCAUCACAAGUGGAACAGGGAAAUCACUGCUCAAGUCAAGCCUUGUGCCUUUUAACACUUCUGACAACUAACUAUUAAAUGCUUAGCUGGUUUGUAAUAUUCUGCCCUGAUCAGAGCCCCACAAAUUUGAUCAAGUACAGGAACAAGAGGAAGUCACAAGAUAGAAAGUUGUUUCAGUCCACAAUCUUGCUGGAUGGACUUCAUAUAGAUGAGAAAACAUACCAUUUAACUAUUAAAUAGAAUAAAGUAUAAUUUAAUUCCAUGGACUGAACAUGUAAGUUAUAUGUAUCCACACAUGCUGUCCCAAAGUAAGGGACAUUUUGAAACAGCUGGAUACAGGGUGUGUGGUGCCUAUAGAAAGAAAUAAGUGUUUUGAGUGUAGUAGGUGAAAUUUCUACAUCAUUGGACUGUUUGUCAAUACAACAGAGCAAAAUAUUUUGUCUUUCAUUUGCGAAUGCUGGCUAUUUAGUAAUAAGGGCAGUACAUUGUUUUAGAGAAUUUCUCUUUAAAUAAUUUAUCAAAUUGCGAGGAGGCAAAUUCUGCUCUCGGGUUAUACCAGUGUAAUUACUUAACUGAAGUCACUGGCCUAUUCGCUUCAUUGGGCUUACUUUAGAUUUACACUGGUGUACUUUGUGAGCAUAGUUAGUCCUUAGAGCCACAUUAAAUGUUGCUAAUUUGAGUGACCCUUAAGUCUUGUGUGUGGACCUUUUCUAAAGUGUCUCACUGGAAAUGCCCAAUAUUGUAUAUGGUUGUGUAACAUGGAACAGGCUGGCUAGUGAUGUAAAAAGCUAAUAGCUAAACCAAAACAUUCUUGGUCUUUUGAAAGAGGUAGUCUUCAUAGUACAAAUCAAAGGUGAACUUCAAAGUGAAGAGCUGAAAACUGAAAUGAAGCAGGGUUUCUGUCCUGAGUGUCCCCACUAAUCAGGUUUUGGAGCAAGAAGAGAGGGAUGAUGUAUCAUCGCAUUCAUCUAUUUAUUUUAGAAUCAUCCAAAUGUUUUCAGUUUGCCUUCUAAGUAAAGCAAGCAAGCAAAUGUGGAUUCCCUAAAUUCUAAAAGUAUCCCAAAAGCAUCAUAAAUAUGCUAAUUUGGAGAUCAAAAUAACAUCAAAGAACUUGUCAACUUCUCUAUAUAGUCUUAGAGGAAUUUUUUCAAUGGUUUUGAACAAAGGCACUGGCCUCCUGUUUCGUAGAUACACCUGUAUGCUUGUGGGUGCCAUUUUUUCAGUGAACACAAAGGGAAAUGAUUUCAUAGUGCGUUUAUAAAAUAUUGGGGCUGUGAAACCACAGUUAAGAAAUGUGUUUAAUAAAGCUGCUUACGAUAAAGAUAUAGUUACUGCACAGUUAGAACUAGGCUGCUACAUUCCAUUGAAUUAUAAAUUAUUAGAAAAAUAAUUACCUUUCUAAGAAUAUUCUGUUUAAAAAACAUGUUUUGAUUGGUUGAAAAAUGCUGCUUAACACUUGAUAGAUUAAGUAUUUGCAGUCUCUUACUGAGACCAGAGUUUGGGGACUGGGGAAGCAUGGGUAUUACUUCCCAUACCUGCCUACCUUAAAGGUGAUCUGUAAGGAUUCUUUUAAAGUUGGCCAUGUGUCCUCUUUUGCUUCUUUGUAAUGUAUUUUAAAAAUAAAAGUCUGGGUUUUUUUACCUUUUAGCUUAAAAAUAUCAGGCAUGUCAAGUUCUCCUCUUCCUUGGUUUUGCUGAAGGAUCUUCUGGGUAGCUCAAAGUAUGUUUCUUGUGAGCAAGAUGUUUACUGAAGGGGUAAAUAUCCUUUCUCAAAAAUGUUAAUUAGUCAUAAGUUAAAUAUUAUCAUAAAACCAAACCAGAAUUUUAAGCAGUCUGACUAAAAAUCCCUGCACUUCUUAGCUGCUCAGAUUUUACUUUUAGACUCUUAUGAGUCAGUCACUUCACUAGUUCGCCAGUCACCAGAGUUUUCCAGCAUGCACAGAACCUGAAUUUCUCAACUGAAAAAUAAGCUGAGAAAAAUAAUUUAACAAAACAGAUCCUUGCAGGCCAACUUGAUAUGUAAUAAAGAAGCAAAACCAAGCCCAUUUAUUUCCUUUGCAAAAGUGACCUUU